CACACACACUCAGAGGUAGAGUUAGAGGUGAACCACACACACACACACUCACAGUGUACAGCAGUUGUGUUGGAGCUGCUGUGACACCGCUCAGCAUGAGAGGAGAGAAGUUUCCGGGCUGAUCGGUGCUGUCGCAUUCACAGACUGGACGUGAAGCCCCGGGACGUCGAGGAGUCGCGGGGCCACUGGACAGGAACAGCCGCUCUGACACGCGCGGUGCUCGGAUACUCAGCAGCGGCAGUAGCGGCGGCGGCAGGGGGAGGACCAGGGCGAGUGUGAGAGGCGAGGCGGCGGGACCCGCUGCUAGCGAAACAUGAACAAGAACCACCGAGUGCCGAGCAGCCGUUCACUGAGUACCGUGGAGGUGAAGAGCAAGUUUGGUGCAGAGUUUCGUCGGUUCUCUCUGGAUCGGUCCAAGCCGGGCCGAUUCGAUGAGUUCUAUGGCCUCCUGCAGCACGUACACCGCAUCCCCAAUGUGGACUUGUUGGUGGGCUACGCCGACGUGCACGGCGACCUGCUGCCCAUCAACAACGAUGACAACUACCACAAGGCCAUCUCCACUGCCAGCCCUCUGCUCAGGCUGUUCCUGCAGAGGAAAGAGGAAGCUGAUUACACAGCCUUUGGUACCGACUCGCUGACCAGGAAGAGAAACACCGUGCUUUCUGCGGUUCUUCUACGGCCAGACACCAACAGGAAAAAACCACCUGUCAUCAUCAGCCUCCCUAAGGACUUUCGCCCCGUUUCGUCCAUCAUCGAUGUGGACAUUCUCCCUGAGACGCACCGACGUGUACGCCUCUACAAGCAUGGCCAGGAAAAACCAUUGGGCUUCUACAUCCGUGAUGGUUCCAGCGUACGGGUCACUCCACAGGGCCUGGAGAAGGUGCCGGGGAUAUUCAUCUCUCGCAUGGUGCCUGGUGGGCUGGCGGAGAGCACCGGCCUGCUAGCAGUCAACGAUGAGGUGCUGGAAGUGAACGGCAUCGAGGUGGCGGGGAAGUCUCUGGACCAGGUGACAGACAUGAUGAUUGCCAACAGCCACAACCUCAUCAUCACCGUGAAGCCUGCUAACCAGCGGAACAAUGUUGUUCGUGGUGGAGGAGGAGGCGCUGCGUCUGGUAGCUCAGGACGCUCAUCGGACAGCGGGGCCAGUUACUAUGGCUACUCAUCACAGGGUGGUGCUGCGGCCUCCAUGCCGUCGCACAUCAUCCAGAACUUCCCUGUCGGGGAGCUGGAGAGCGACGAGGAUGACGAGGACCUGGUGAUCGAGGUGGGAGGCGAGGCCGAGUCAAUCAGACACGCCUCUUCCAACUACAGCAUGCCUUCGCUGCCUCGGUAUGAGCCGCACCUCAACCUCCGCACUACCACCAACUCCGCUUCUACUCAUUCCAUCAAUGCCAAUGGGACCCUGCCAGCCAGCGGCAGCAGUGGAUCACUAAGCUACGCCAACGCCACUUCGACCACGCCAUCCCCAGACAGAGCAAUGGAGAGGCGGAGCCUGGAGGAAGAUGGCACUGUUAUAACUCUGUAGACAUUCACGCUCUAAACACUGGAAACAAACACAAAUACUUCCACACACUUUUGGGGAAGUCAUGGACCAGCAGUUCAGACACAGGUUCCAUCGUACAGUGACUGUAUCUGAGAAGCACAAUGAUGUGUGUAGGUAUUACAUCUGACAGCUAAAUGUUUGUACAUCCCAACAUGUACACAACAAACGCUGCACCCUAUCACCGUACCCCUACACCUACACCUCUACAUGCCAAUUAUCAUGCAUGUGUGCCAUAGUGGUGACCUACCCCCAUCCCAGGUUCUUCAGGCACAAAAUUGUCCCAGACAGAAGUGAAGGAUAAGUGUAGAUUGGUUCUCCACUACCCUCCACUUUAUUUUUUUAACCACUAGAAGCACUUGUUUUUAACCCAAAACUGUAUUUCUGCUGAAUUUCCACUAGAGGGCAGAAAUGAGACAUUUGUUGACAAUCUGGUACCGUUUUGUUUUUUGCCUUGUCUCCCCACACCCCCACCCCUGCACCGCACUACGUCUCCCAGGUGACCACAGCGUCUGGAUUGGUCAACAGUUGUGGAAAUUUCCACAGACUUCUAUUCUACUCCAACAAUUGACCAGUUGCUGAGACCUGCAAUAAAAAUGUUUCGUUUCUGUUAGAAGUCCGGGCUCUUGUGUUGGCUCAGAUGCUUUUUUUAAGCUCUGUUUUUAGCUGUUUUUCCUCUUUAUCUGCUGUUAAUGACUGAAAGGUUGAUGAUUUUUAAUAAUAAUUAUUCUUCCCUUAAUCAUCUGGCCUGUAUCUUUAUAUGAUUUGCAUAUUUUGUUUCUGUUUAUUUUUCUUGAAUAUAUGAUAGGGCUGUUCCUUUUUCUAAAAAUCUAUAUAUACGAUAUGACAUGCAGUUUGUUUGAAUAUAUUCUAAUAUAUUCAAACAAACCCCCCCCCGCACCAGUCAGAUGACGAUGAACACUUGACAUUGCUCUGUUUGUCUGUGGUGCCGCCUCUGCUUCCUUACUUCGGUGGAAAGCAAACAGAUGAGCCGACAGUUUGCGUAGUACAAAGUUGACAAACAGCCUCACCUCUGUUCGUUUCUUUGCCGUAAUGCAAAAUCUAAAAUACUUUCACAAGCAGCUUCUCAGGUGCUUUGGUGUCGUGAUUGUCUGCUCAAGACGGCUUUACUUGCUAGCAUCCUCCCUUUUUGUAGCAAAACAAAGGCAUCAUGACUGAUUUACUUUACUGAUAGAUCAAGAGGGGCACGAAAUAGAUCAAGCUGAAAGUGAUCGCCUAUUGGAUCAUGAGGCAAACUACUUGAGAUGUCUAAAGCGAACAUGUCAUUAUAGGUCAACUAUUAUCUUAUCUCCUGUUCAAAUUCAAGUUAAAAUUUUGAAUAUAAAGCGACAGCCCUAACAUAUUAUUAUUGUAUCUCACAGGUUAUGACAGUGGCCGUGUUCCAUCUGUUGCUAUCACUCACGCAAAAUUGCUUCUCCCCAGGAAUGGGACAUGUUAGAAGAAAUAUCCUUAAUCUUGCACUCCCUCUCCUUUCCAUGACAAGGGCUAUUUCCCCUGCUGCAUGUGUACAAAUGAGAAAAUGUGAAUGUGAUUUAAAUUUUGUUUCUGUUUGUUUGUUCUCCCCCUCCUUUCUGUCUGGACCACAACACAACAUAUAUUAUCUCAGUGCUGUACAGUAUAUUCAUCUCUGUCUAUCCACAGGCCCUGAGUUCACUUGGAUGUGUCCUGAGUCAUUCACAUAUGAAAAGUGAUCGCUCCAGUGUUUCUGCACCGUUUCCUUUGUGUAUCAUCGUCCUUAUUGAACUCAAUUAACGACACUCUAUGAGCAAAUGCUUCAUGUUGACUCUGGGCCUAAGUUGCACCCAUCGAUAGUUGGGCUGUGACACUAUUAACAAACACAACAACAGAAAUGAGUUGAAAUGAAACUUCCUGUAUCUCAAAGUAAAGCCUGGUUGAGUCACAUUGAAACAAACACUCAUGCAGGUGCACUGGGCACAAACUCAUUCACUUUCUGUGUUUGUUGAAGGUGAGGCUGGUCUGCUAAAUGUACUGCAUGUCUUAGUCCGCAUCAGCAUUUAGCAUUUCAGUUAGAGCGAGGCUGUAAAACAUAAAGACAGAUUCGACCAAAGUUUUUCAUCAACUUUUCUUAAACACCAUGUUUGAAAAUCCCUGUGACCUCCGAGGCAAAUUUCAGAUUUUGGGGGCUGUAGAAAUUCUAUUGACUUGACUCCGUUUGCAGAAUGUUAGGUCGCAGAAUCCUCGUCAAACACACUCAAUUGCAGUGAAUCCUGUGGACAUUAUCCUGCUGUUUUCUCACAUGGGUGUUAACUAGUCUCUCAUACAUUUGCAUUCUCACCUAUAGCCCCUCCAGGGAAUGUCAGGAAAUUAUCCAGAGCUCAGUAAACAUCUGAAAAGCAGCAGAGUCGCUGUCAAUAAUGUCUAUUGGCUUCAUCUGAGCCGAUACUCACUUGUAGUAACUAUGUAAUCAAUACCACACUCUUUAUACUCUUUAGUUCUGUUUAUUAUUCAAAUCUCUGAGCCUCUCACAGUAAAUAUAUAUAUGACUGGAAUCCAACAAAAAGGAUGUGUAUGUGCAUACGCCAUUAUAUUUCAUUCUAUAUGUACAAGGUACUGUCUUUUUGGCCUUUUUUAUAGUCGCGCUGGUGAUGGUUAGAUUCUGGCUUCUUUCACUCACGACAUCAAGCACAGUGAUGAAUGGUACUCUUGAAAGGAAGGUUUUUUCUUUUUUUUUUUUUUAGAAAUCAAUGUUAAUUUAUUUUCUUUAUCUCUUUACCACAGGACACUGGGAUUGUAACCAUGGCGGCAUUUGUUAUUUAUUCUCUAAUCAUGUAUUUUUGCAUAUUCUCUGUUCACAUUGUACAACUUUAUUUUAUAUAUUGAUUGUUUUGGUUGUACAUCUCAUGGUACAGUAGAUGUUAUUGCCCAUUAGGAGACGAUUUGAAUCGCUGAUUUCACUGUUCCUCCUGAAGCAAGAGGAGAAUCCGUGCAAGACAUGACACUGUUUUUUUUGUUUUUCCAAACUGUGAAUUAUCAUUAUUAUUUUGUGGGAAAGAAAAGAAACCGCUGUGUCUGCACGACUUCAAAAGAUGCGACUUGUUCUUUGCGUUUGAGUCUUUACUUUUUUUUUAAGUGAUUGAGCAAUGAUUUUUUUUUGCUUGCCAGAUAAAUCCUAUGGUAUAGAUUUAUAAUGAAGAUUGUCAGUAUUUUCAUAUUGAUGCUAUAUAUGAUGAUGUACAUUUUUAUCACGUUUAAUGAAAACUGUUUUAAGAUUCAACUGGAGACUAAUGAAUAAAUAGAUGUACACCUGUAAUUUCUGAUUUAAGGAGCUGGAUAAAAUAAAGUCAUGUGUAGCAGCC